AUGCGGCCUUCAAAACGUGCCCGCGUGGGACAUGCUACCUUAAAUGAAAACAUUCUCCAUGCACAACAAGUAGGUGCCAUAAAUUGGCAGCUAGUUGCACCCGAGCCAAUUACUGACUUUCUAGAAGUCCAAGGACACAGUGUCUCAAGUUCUCCUGAGCAAAUCUUUAUGGGUCUCUUGGCUGUAUUACGAGGACUUCUUGGGGGAACUACUAAACUCAUAGUGCGACCCAACUAUAAAGAAUGUGCGAUACUCUACAGUGUCUGCCUCGCUGAUCCUGGGGCGGGUAAAUCAGCAGCGUUUGAAGUGGUUACCAGGCCUCUCGCUGAAUGUCAACUUGCUGGCUUAAUUGUAGACCGAUACACUCAAGCAGGACUCUUCGACCAUUUGAUGAAUGAAAGACAUGGGGGCGUGGCACUUCUCAUCAGUUCCGAACUGGGAAUGUUCCUAGAAAGCGUUUUAAAGCGGCAAGUAGAGGGAGCCGGGGAACGCCAGUUAUUUUGUCGUCUUCAUGAUGGCUCUAUGUGGUCUCGAAUAACAGGAAACAGCGACCGCAUGGAAGUAACCAACCCAUGUGUCAUUAUCGGAGGGUACAGCCAACCUGAGCCAUUUAUUGACACCUACUUACAUCUAACAAGCCGGAACGAUGGUUUUCCCGACCGUCUACUGCUGUCAACUCCACCAUCUGUAGCCCUCCAUGAAGAAGAGAUAGACGAGUGGAACGAAGUGUUAGUUGAUUCCUACCAAAACGUGAAAUUGUCCCGUGUGUACAGCUUCGUGGCAGAAUUCCACAAGGCUGCAGCACGAGAGUACAGCAUGUCAGAAGACGGGAAAGUGGUCUUUAGAAGAUACGCGAAUGAGAUUGCUGACAAGCUGAAUGAACAAUGGCGGGAGAGAAGGGGGAUGCAUGGCAACUUGUCUAAAGACAAGAAGACCUGCUUGCGUUUGGCGCUGAAUUUGCACGUGUUGUACUUUGUUCUUGGUGAGGAACUUAAAGGAAGAUCCCCAACAACAGUCCCCAUGAUAAUUAGCAAGGAAACAAUAGCCCAAGCCGUCGAGCUCACCAAAUAUUUUGCUUCGCAGAGAGGAGUCUAUGAAAAGGUAAGAGAACUAUUCUUUAGUCAGUUAAAGAUAAAUAAUGUGGUCUGUUCACUUUGAAAGAGGCUCUAUUUUUUUCCUCUUUUGACGGAGACAAAACAAUGGAAAAUACACUGAAAAAAUGCUUUUAUAUCAACAGAAAAAAUUGUUGGGAAACGUUUUAUCGUAUUGUCGGCGCUCUCUUUUCUCCUCACUUUGGCCUUACUAAAAGCGACGCUUAGUUAACUUUUGAAAUUUAAGAGAGACUCGCUUGUGAGGAUGAUCUAUGUCGACUGCUAUGUCAUUUUCAUAUACUCACCAACUUUUGUAACUCAAAAUGUAUUGCCGUGAACACCGCGGCCGUUUCCUUCCUCUGUACGUUACAAUGACCGUGACUGAAAGAUUGGCCUAAAACAUCGUGUACAAAACCUUUCAUUCACAGUGCUGCGAAGAAUUAACUGAAAACGACGACGAUGCUGUCAACAAUGAUGACUUAAGAAGUAAAAUCUUGCUACACCCUGGGCCAUUUGUAAAGCCAAGAAACGUUAUCCGUAGGCUUACUCGCAGUGCGCGGACAGAGGCCAUUGUGAACGAAAUGCGUGCCCUCCAAGAACUUGGUUACGGUACACUACAUUGCAGAGGAGCUGUCCACAAGGCCUUCUUGAAGGUUGUUCCGGGAAAGUUGCCAGCAGGCGAUUUACUAGUAGACCGAGAAGCUUAUAUUGCACAGUUUAGAAAAGAAGAUAACAUGCUUCAGAGAACUGAAGCUGCUAUCUUUAGGGAAGCACACCCAGAUCUGUAA